AUGUCGGCGCCUUCUCUUGCAGUCCCUCCCUCGACGGGAAACCCUCGACGUCUAUCUUCCAGUGAAGCCACCCGCGAGAACAUCACAAUGGGUCCAACGGUCGUCGUACCCCCACAACAUCUCAUGGCCCCGUCAAAAGCAUCGGAGAUUGCCAGCGCUUUCGAGACUGCCAGACAUCACCUUGACUCUGCCGCGACUCCUGGGUCGCCUGGUUAUACUCCUCCCGAAACUUCAGUCACGGACAAGUAUGCUUUCGCUUUUGAUAUUGACGGUGUCCUCAUCCGAGGUGGUCGACCUAUUCCAGAAGCUGUUGAAGCCAUGAAAAUGCUCAAUGGUGAGAAUGAAUACGGUAUCGUAGUGCCAUACAUCUUUGUCACCAACGGUGGUGGAAAGACUGAAGCCGAGCGCUGCGUACAGCUCAGCAAGCAAAUGGAAAUCGAAGUAUCACCUGGUCAAUUCAUCUGCGGACACACUCCCAUGAGGGAGAUGGCAGAGAAGUACAACACUGUCCUCGUUGUCGGAGGCGAGGGCGAGAAGUGCCGUAUCGUGGCUGAGGGCUACGGCUUCAAGGAUGUCGUUACCCCAGGAGAUAUCAUCAAAGACAACCAGGACACUACACCCUUCCGCAAACUCACAGAGGAAGAGUACAAGAACUCACGAGCGCGAAACUUCGCUGAAGUCGAGAUCGAGGCGAUCUUCGUCUUCGCCGAUUCUCGCGAUUGGGCGUCUGAUCAGCAGAUCAUCUUGGAUCUGUUGAUGUCAAAGAAAGGUCGUCUUGGAACCCGAUCCGCCAACUUCGACGAGGGUCCACCAGUCUUUUUCUCACACAACGACGUUGUUUGGAGUGCUUCGCACGACCUUACCCGCAUUGGUAUGGGUGCCCUCCGUGUUUCACUUGAGGCUAUGUUCAAGGCAGUCACUGGCCGAGAGCUUAAGACUACCGCAUUCGGCAAACCUCAAAUCGGCACUUUCGAGUUUGCCACUCGUCUUCUCAAGGAGUGGCGAAGGGACACUCAUGGCAUCAACUCCGCUCCUUCAACCGUCUACUUUGUAGGUGACACACCCGAGUCGGACAUCAGGGGCACCAACGAGUAUAACGCGCACACCGACUCAGCAAACUGGUACUCCAUACUGGUAGAGACAGGCGUCUACCAACGCGGUACUACUCCUCGCUUUGAGCCCAAGGCUAUUGUGCAAAAUGUCCUCGAAGCUGUCAAGCAUGGUAUGGAGCGCGAGUACAAAAAGGCUCUAAGGGAGAGCAUGAUGAACACUGGUGUGCUUGAGCAGUAA